GGCGACUUCUCCGCCGCUGCAAUUUUUGAACAAUAUUUGCAGAAGCUUCUCCGUCGCAGCAAAUCCCCAGAAUCGGAAAAGGAUAAACCACACACACUAAGAAAUGGACGCAAUUCUCCCGAUUAUCGCGUUCUCGGUGAUCGCCGGCGCCGUGAUUGCUUUCGUGGUAUUCGGUGCUUAUUCCCGGAAGAGAAAAUCGGAAAUUCAAUCCAUCACCCGACCCGAGAACCUGAAUCCGAACCCAAAACCCGCUACGAAGCCCUCGGCUGCCAAGAAGCCUCAACACAAAUCUCAUUCCCAUUCUCAUGCAGCCGAUAAAGAUGCCAAUAAGAAGCAUCAUCACUUGGAUUUGAAUACUUUGAAAGGGCACGGCGAUGCUGUCACCGGUCUUAGUUUUUCGCCUGAUGGCCGUAGUUUAGCUACCGCUUGUGGAGAUGGUGUUGUUAGGAUUUUCCGGCUGGACGAUGCUUCAAGCAAAAGUUUCAAGUUCCUGCGAAUUAACUUACCUGCCGGGGGCCAUCCGAAUGCAGUUGCUUUUGCUGGUGAUGCAUCUUCAAUUGUAGUGGCUUCCCAGGCACUCUCAGGAUCAUCUCUUUACAUGUAUGAAGAAGAAAAACCCAAAACAACUGGAGACCAGAAGCAACAGAGCAAGCUCCCACUCCCUGCAAUCAAAUGGGAACAUCAUAAAGUUCAUGAUAAGAGAGCCAUCAUCACAUUAGUCGGGGCCCAGGCAACUUAUGGCAGCGCUGAUGGAAGUACUAUCAUUUUGUCAUGCUCAGAAGGCACUGAUAUAAUACUCUGGCAUGGGAAAACUGGGAAACCAUUGGGUAACGUUGAUACAAAUCAGCUUAAAAAUACAAUGGCUACCAUAUCACCAAAUGGACGUUUUAUUGCAGCAGCUGCCUUUACUGCUGAUGUGAAGGUUUGGGAAGUCAUGUACUCAAAAGAUGGCUCAGUGAAGGAGGUUUUGAAAGCUAUGCAACUUAAAGGUCAUAAGAGUGCAGUAACAUGGUUAUGCUUCAGUCCUAAUUCAGAACAAAUCAUCACCGCCUCCAAGGAUGGUACUAUAAGAAUAUGGAAUAUCAAUGUUCGAUAUCAUAUGGAUGAAGACCCCAAAACUCUGAAGGUGUUGCCUAUUCCACUUCACGAUGAAAAUGGCACUACUCUACACUAUGAUCUUCUCAGUUUAUCACCUGAUGGUAAGAUACUGGCAGCAACCCAUGGUUCAAUGCUGCAGUGGCUGUGCGCUGAGACGGGACAGGUUUUGGACGUUGCUGAAAAAGCCCAUGAUGGUGAUAUCACAGAUAUGGCUUGGGCACCUUCCACCAUUCUAAUGGAUAAUAAACAAACAGUUGUUCUAGCUACUGCCAGCAAUGACAAGAAAGUGAAGCUGUGGCAAGCUCCCCUCCUCAAACCCUCGUAAACAUUGUUGAGAGUAUGUAUUAAACCGACCUUCACGUCUCCUGGGUGGAAACUACGACGAGCUUAUACCUCACCGAUAACUAGACUUUCGUAGACAAGGAUGACACUUGCAAUAGAGGCGAAUUUUCUCCUGUUGUGAAUUUUUCCUAACACAAACAGCAGUCGGAUGGUAAUCUUAUAGAGUUGUCUUUAAAAAUGUUGCUACCAAAAAUCAACUUUUUUUCAAGUUAUCAUUCCCAGUGAUAAUUAAUUUCA